CCCUGCAUCAAUCAUUUCUGGAAACUGGCAGGAGGGGAGGAGUAACCGUAGGAGUGUGCGUGUGUGACAGUGGGUGGCUGUGUAUGUGUGUGAGUGUUUGUGGAGCAGAGCUGCUUGGGCUCGAGGCAAGCUAGAGCCGUGCAGCUCCCAGGCAGCGGCUACCUACUCCGGACAUGGCAUCGUCUCCAGCGGCACCUGGCAAGCCCAAAGUCAAAUACCCAUUUAAGAAGAGGGCCAGCCUGCAGGCCGCCCCUGCCUCAGAAGCACGUGGCAGGUUGGGGGCACCCCCACUCCAGUCAGCUCGCUCUCUGCCGGGCCCCCCUUCCUGCAUCAAGCAUCACCCCCUGGACCUGCGCACGUCCAUGGAUGGCAAAUGCAAGGAGAUUGCUGAGGAGCUGUUCAGCCGCUCGUUGGCGGAGAGCGAGCUGCGCAGUGCCCCGUACGAGUUCCCCGAGGAGAGCCCCAUUGAGCAGCUGGAGGAGCGCCGGCAGCGGCUCGAGCGGCAGAUCAGCCAGGAUGUCAAGUUGGAGCCGGACAUCUUGUGGCGAGCCAAGCAGGACUUCCUGAAGACAGACAGUGACUCAGACCUGCUGCUCUUCAAGGAGAAGAGCGAGGACCAGGGUGACCACGGCCCCUGGGAGAGGGAUGGACUCCCGGAGCGGGAGUUCCAGCGGGUGUCCAUCUCUGGGGAAGAGAAGUGCGGGGUGCCCUUCACAGACCUCUUGGAUGCUGCCAAGAGCGUGGUGCGGGCCCUGUUCAUCCGGGAGAAGUACAUGGCACUGGCACUGCAAAGCUUCUGCCCAACCACCCGGCGCUAUCUGCAGCAGCUGGCGGAAAAGCCCCUGGAGACCCGCGCCUACGAGCUGGGGCCUGAGACCCCUGUGGCAGCUGAUGCCCCUAUCCACCCCCCGGUGACCGAGCAGCACCCCUAUGAGCACUGCGAGCUGGCCUCCAUGCCCGAAGACCUGGGCUUUGGGUUGCGCAUGGUCAAUGGGGUCGUCCAUGUCUACACCGGCCGCGGGGAGCUGGAGGAACAGAACUCCGAACUGGAGCUGCCCUACCCUGACCUGCAGGAGUUCGUGGCUGACGUCAAUGUGCUGAUGGCUUUGAUCAUCAACGGUCCCAUCAAGUCCUUCUGUUACCGCCGGCUGCAGUACCUGAGUUCCAAGUUCCAAAUGCACGUGCUGCUGAACGAGAUGAAGGAACUGGCGGCCCAGAAGAAGGUGCCACACCGCGACUUCUACAACAUCCGCAAGGUGGACACACACAUCCACGCCUCUUCCUGCAUGAACCAGAAGCACCUGCUGCGCUUCAUCAAGCGGGCGAUGAAGCGGCACCUGGAGGAGAUCGUGCAUGUGGAGCAGGGCCGGGAGCAGACACUGCGCGAGGUCUUCGAGAGCAUGAACCUCACGGCCUACGACCUCAGCGUCGACACGCUCGAUGUGCACGCGGACAGGAACACCUUCCAUCGCUUUGACAAGUUCAACGCCAAGUACAACCCCAUCGGGGAGUCGGUUCUGCGGGAGAUUUUCAUUAAGACCGACAACAGGGUCUCGGGGAAAUACUUUGCCCACAUCGUUAAGGAAGUGAUGUCAGACCUAGAGGAGAGCAAGUACCAGAACGCGGAGCUGCGGCUCUCGGUGUAUGGACGCUCGCGGGACGAGUGGGACAAGCUGGCGCGCUGGGCCGUGGAGCACCGGGUGCACUCCCACAACGUGCGCUGGCUGGUGCAGGUGCCCCGCCUCUUUGACGUGUACCGCACAAAGGGCCAGCUGGCCAACUUCCAGGAGAUGCUAGAAAACAUCUUCCUGCCCCUGUUCGAGGCAACGGUCCACCCGGCCAGCCACCCCGAGUUGCAUCUCUUCCUAGAACACGUGGAUGGCUUCGACAGCGUGGACGACGAGUCCAAGCCCGAGCAUCACGUGUUCAACCUGGAGAGCCCCCUGCCCGGGGCCUGGCUGGAGGAGGAUAAUCCCCCCUACUCUUACUACCUGUACUACACUUACGCCAACAUGGCCGUGCUCAACCAUCUGCGCAGGAAGCGCGGGUUCCACACGUUCGUGCUACGGCCGCACUGCGGGGAGGCCGGGCCCGUCCAUCACCUGGUGACGGCCUUCAUGUUGGCGGAGAACAUCUCGCACGGACUACUGCUGCGCAAGGCCCCGGUGCUGCAGUACCUGUACUACCUGGCCCAGAUAGGCAUCGCCAUGUCCCCGCUCAGCAACAACAGUCUGUUCCUCAGCUACCACCGUAACCCCCUGCCCGAGUACCUGUCCCGGGGCCUCGUCGUCUCCCUGUCCACCGACGACCCCCUUCAGUUCCACUUCACCAAGGAACCACUGAUGGAGGAGUACAGCAUCGCCACCCAAGUGUGGAAGCUGAGCUCCUGCGACAUGUGCGAGCUGGCCCGCAACAGCGUGCUCAUGAGCGGCUUCUCCCACAAGGUGAAGAGCCACUGGCUGGGGCCCAGUUAUACCAAGGAGGGGCCGGAGGGCAAUGAUAUCCGCCGCACCAACGUGCCCGACAUCCGCGUCAGCUACCGGCACGAGACGCUGUGCCAGGAGCUGGCCCUCAUCACCCAGGCCGUGCAGAGCCAAGACCUGGAGCCCAUCCCCGAGGAGGACGGGGGCCUCUCCAUGGGGACCCCCACGCCCUGAGGAGCGGCCUGCCGGACGGCGGCCCGCGGCCCCUCCACCUGACGGCCGCCUUGUCUUUCCCUCCUGCCCGGACAGCCGGGGGAUUCCCGGAACUUCGGCCUCGCUGUCGUCUGUGUGCUCCGUGGGUUGCGUGCGUGCUAUGCCGGGAUGGGGCCGUGCCUCUUGGCGGGCAGAGGCAGAGCCCGGGUCCUGGGCCUUGAGCCGACUGGGGGCCUGGCUCCCAUCUGGUCCCUUGGCUCCUUUCCGGUCCACGGGGCUCGGUAGGGUUGGGGAGAGGCGGCGCCCCGUGAUCGGGGGUCUGGCAGCGGAAAUGGAGGGAGAUUUAGUGGCCUGCCCAGCUCCCCCCAGGAGCCCUUUUGUGGUCCCCGCCGGUUGCAGCUCUGUGCCCCUGAUAGGGGCUGGGUCCGGCUCACACUAACUGCCGGGGAAUUCAGACGGCCUCAGGCUAGCUCCCGCCAUCCCGGCAGGCGCCCCGGGAGCCCAGCUUAAUAAACGAGCAUAGCGCUCCUUUACUGCCGGACCCAUGGCCUGCGAGGUGGGAGUGUGGCUGGGGCCUGGUCCCUCUGGGCACUUGGUUGUGGUGGGGCUGGUGGCCUCUGCCAGCCCUCAGCCCCUUGCCCCCUGCCCUCUAGGAAGCCGGUUGCUCUUCUGAGGGACAACAAAGAGGUCCUUAUUCAGCUCCGGGAUCACCCCACCUUCCUAACUGCCUAGGUCCUGGGGCCAGGCUCAGUCUGCCUGCCUGCUGCUUGCGGCUGAAGGGUUACUGGGCUCUGUGCCAAGGGGCUGGGGCCAGGCCUCAGAGGGACCAGUGUCCUCCUCCACUCCCCCUCGGGGGUCUUUGCUGAGGCUUCCUGGUCCCCGCCCCAGCCCUGCCUGACUGCCUGUUGUGUAUCAGAGCCGCUCUGCGCGUUGCCGCCUUCCCGCUUCCCCAUCUCCCUUCCUCCCUUCCCCCCGCCCCACCACCCGUGCCCUAUAGCAUGAUA